AUGUCUACUCCACCUAUUCCUUUCACCCGUCUCAAGCAGAUUGCUACCGAUGUUUGCAGCAAUGCCAUCGGAAGCGCCGAGUUCUACGACCAUGCAAAGACCGAGCAAUGGAACUCUACCAUCAUUAACUCCAUGCUCAAGGCUGUCAUCUCCGAAUCAACACCACAGGGAGCAUCCGCACCGUCCUUCAAGUUCGCCUGCAACAGCACCAUUGUCCAGCACCUUGUGCCGACGUCGUCUCUGAACAAAGCCCGCGGCGGCACCGAGGUCAAGGAAGAGCAGCCUCACAUCUCGACGAGCUCCGAGGCCACUGCCACGGAUGGCAAGCCGCACGUUGGUCGACGCGGUAUGCACAGUGCCACGGGCGCGUAUUGGGACGAGAAGAAGGACGGCAUGUGGACCUUCAAGUACGAUGGCGGCGAGGGUAAGGGCAUGGAUGUUGUCAUUAUGCUCAUUUGGAUUGGCAUCUAG